AUGUCGGGAUCACCAUCAAACCUUGAAGUGCAAGGAAAUUUUAUGCGUGUACCACCACCAAAAGAACUAACGAAAUCUAUUGAACGACGUCAAUCAACGGAAGAAAUACUAAAAACUACAGGACGACGCUCAAUAGUUAUAACAAAUCGAUCGUCAUUGACUACGCCGGCACUAAAGAAAACAGUUCCAGCAAAUCCAACAAAAAGUGAAACAAAACAACCAGCUAAAAAACCUGAUGAAGCAGAAGCAAUGAAAUUGAAAAUAGGCAAUCUCGAAGAUGAAGUUCGUCGUCUGAAACGACGUAUUGAAGAAUUAGAAAAAGAAGUAGCUGAACUACAUAAACAAAUGAAAACAAAAGAUAAACGUAUUACUGAACUAACUAAAGAAACGGAAGAACUUAAAAAAAGAGAAUUCAAUUAUCAAAGACAACUCGAAGAAUUUCGUUUGGAAAACGCUCGUUUAAUAGAAGAAAAUCGACAUUUGCAAGCAGAAGUCAAUCGCCUUCAAGCUAUGCACAAUUCAGCUGAAGAUUCAUCAGCUGAAUUGGAUGCGUUAAGAGAACAUUAUGAACGACAAAUCGAACAAAUACGACAGGAACAUGCACGAGAAUUAAAAGUUCGUGAUGAUAAAAUAGCGUUUCUUAAAAAACAAAUCAGUGAUUCAUUAAAAGGCAAUUCUUGGGAACGACAACAACAAAUUGAGGAAUUAACAAAACAACUUAAACGAACACAUGAAGAAUAUGAAUUACUUCGUCAAAAACUACUUCAAUAUCAAAAUAAGAAAGGGGCAUCAAAUUGUGGUAAUUGUUCUGAGAUGACUAUUAAAAUCGAAGAAAAAACGAAAGCUUUGCAAGAAAAAGACACAAUUAUACAAGAAUUAUUAACACUUAUGACUAAAUUUAAAAGUCAAAUUUCAAAUCAAGAUGAUCUUAUGAAAUUACUAUCAACAUAUAAUAAUACUUUAAUGCGCCAUUAA